AUGCCCCCCGGUACCCUCCCGGUAACCCCUCGUACCCCCAGCCCCCCGCCGCUGGACCCGUCCCAGUAUGACCCUGCCAGGAGCGGGUACCACCCGCUGCGGGACGCCUGCUGGGGGCCCGGGCAAAGCGUCCCCUACCUGGCGGUGGCUCGCACCUUCGAGCGCAUCGAGGAAGCCUCAGCCCGGCUGAAGAUCAUCGAGACCCUCAGCAACUUCCUGCGCUCGGUGCUGGCCCUGUCCCCGGGGGAGCUGCUGCCCUGCCUGCGCCUCUGCCUCAACCGCCCGGGGGCCGCCUCCGAGGGGCUGGAGCUGGGCAUCGGCGAGAGCCUCCUGACCCGCGCCCUCGCCGGCAGCUGGCGCAGAUCCGCAGCGAGGCGCAGGACAAGGGGGACCUGGGGCUGGUGGCCGAGAGCAGCCGCUGCACCCAGCGCACCGUGGUGGCGCCCGCCCGCCUCAGCGCCGCGGGCGUCCUGGGCAAGCUGCGGGAGAUGGCCACCAUGUCGGGCAACGCCUCGGCCAGCAAGAAGAUCGGCAUCAUCAAGGGGCUCUUCGUCGCCUGCCGGCACUCGGAGGCGCGCUACCUCGUCCGGUCGCUCAGCGGGAAGCUGCGCAUCGGGCUGGCCGAGCAGUCGGUGCUCACCGCCCUGGCACACGCCGUCGCGCUCACCCCCCCCGGGGCAAGGGUGGCCGCCGGCCGUGCUGGACGCCGGGCAGGGCAUGGCCCCCGAGGCACGCAGGGCAUGGCUGGAGGAGCAGAGCCGCAUCCUCAAGCAGACCUUCUGCGAGCUGCCUGACUACGCCGCCAUCGUCCCGGUGCUGCUGGAGCACGGGCUGGAGCAGCUGCCCCAGCACUGCGGCAUCACCCCAGGUGUCCCCCUGAAGCCCAUGCUGGCCCAGCCUGCCCGGGGUGUAGGGGAGCUGCUGAAGCGCUUCGAGGAGGCAGCGUUCACCUGCGAGUAUAAAUACGACGGCGAGCGAGCCCAGAUCCACGUCCUAGAGAACGGGGCCGUCUUCAUCUACAGCCGCAACCAGGAGAACACCACCGCCAAGUACCCCGACCUCGUGGACCGCAUCCCCAAGGUGCUGAAGCCCGGUGUGCGCUCCUGCAUCCUGGAUGCAGAGGCCGUGGCGUGGGAUCGGACCACGAGGCAGAUCCAGCCCUUCCAGGUGCUGAUGACGAGGAAGAGGAAGGACGUGGACGCCGCUGCCAUCAAGGUGCAGGUCUGCCUCUAUGCCUUUGACCUCCUCUACCUCAACGGGGAGCCGCUGGUGCGGCAGCCCCUGGCUGCGCGGCGCAAGCUUCUGCGGCAGUCCUUCGAGGAGGUGGAGGGCGAGUUCGUCUUCGCCACCGCCGCGGACACCCGCAGUGCCGAGGAGGUCUCGGACUUCCUCGACAAGGCCAUCAAGGCCUCCUGCGAGGGCCUCAUGGUGAAGACCCUGGAGGUCGACGCCACCUACGAGAUCGCCAAGCGGUCGCACAAGUGGUUGAAGCUGAAGAAGGACUACCUGGAUGGGCUUGGGGACACGCUGGACCUGGUGGUCAUCGGCGCCUACCUGGGCAAGGGCAAGCGUGCAGGGAUCUACGGGGGCUUCCUGCUGGCCUGCUACGACGAGGAGAGCGAGGAGUACCAGAGCAUCUGCAAGAUCGGCACCGGUUUCACGGAGGAGAGCCUGGAGAAGCACUACGGCUUCCUCAAGGAGCAUGUGCUGGCCCAGCCACGUCCCUACUACCGCUGGGACAGCGGGGCGGCCCCCGACCGCUGGCUGGCAGCGGUGCAGGUCUGGGAGGUGAAGUGUGGGGACCUCUCCAUCUCCCCCGUCUAUAGGGCAGCCGUGGGGCUGGUGGAUGAGGAGAAGGGCAUCUCGCUGCGCUUCCCCCGGUUCCUUCGUGUGCGGGAGGACAAGAAGCCGGAGGAGGCCACCAGCAGCACCCAGGUGGCUGAGCUGUACAAGAAGCAGCAGCAGAUCCAGAACCAGCAGCAGGCAGAGAAAGGGGAGGACGAGGAGUUUUACUGAGAUACCACGGCCCCUGUAGGGUCCCCCCAGGGCCCCCCCUACCGUGGGGGGCACGAGGUGGGGACACUGGGGCCUGACCUUGCUCUGUCCCUGAGGGCAUGCGUGUGGCUACCCUGGGGACAGGGACACUGGGACUUGGUGUCACUCCAGGCAGGGCCAGGUCCCUGCCCCUUUACUCCUCCCCCCCAAGAACCCCCUGCCUUCCCCUUUUGGGGGCCCCUGCAUGCUUCCCAUCAGGGACAGGGAUGCACAGAUGUGGUC